CAGUCAGUCAGUGUUCACCUUCUGGCCGCGCUGGUAGGACGUUCUUUCUACGACUCCGACUCGCGCCUCACUUGACUCGCCUCCCCCUGACUCGUGACUCGCUGACGUCUCUCCUUGCAGCUGAGGAAGGAAAGAGUGAGUCCCCAGUCUGACUCACCCCCCCAGAUAUUCACCAGAAACGGACUCACACACAUCACGAAGGCUGAGUGUGUGUUUACAGCUACCAUGGGGUGGGCGUGGGCCGUGGUAGUGGCCGUGAGUGUGCUGGGGGCGGCCUGUGUGAACGCCCAGGCCGCCUCGUGCAACAGGGCGCCGCUGGGAACGCAGGCGCCGCGCACUCCCGGCAGCAACAACUUCACCAUUAAGAUCAGCGGCAACCCACAGAAAUACGUCCCCGGCGAGGUGUACACAGUCAGCCUGCAGGGGUGGCGCGAGCAGUACUCCGUCAAGAAGUUCACGUUCUUCCUGCUGUUGGUGGAGCCCUCGCAGGUGCCGCUCGACGUGUACGGUCCCCAGAGCGUCGGCAUAUUCCAGCUGUACGGGGACGCCUUCACCAUGCACUCCGACGACUGCCCUAACGCCAUCACGCAGACCUCCGCCAUCCCCAAAAGCGAAAUCCAGGUGCUGUGGACCGCGCCGCCCGCCAACUCCGGCUGCGUCAGGUUCAGGGCCACGGUGGUCGAGAACAGGGACGUGUGGUACAUGGACGAUGGCGGCCUGACCAAGGAGCUGUGUGAGGAGGUGCAGGAGAGCCCCGACGUGCAGCCCCCCAUCGUAUCCCAGUGCUGUGCAUGCGACGAGGCGAAGUAUGAGGUCACCUUUGAGGGCUUGUGGUCCCGCCACACGCACCCCAAGGACUUCCCCAACAACGAGUGGCUGACGCACUUCUCGGAUAUCAUCGGCGCCUCGCACUCCGCCGACUACAUGGUCUGGGAGUACGGCAAGGAGGCCUCAGACGGGCUCAAGCAGGUGGCCGAGUGGGGCUCAACGCGCACCCUCGAGAGUGAGCUCAAGAGACAGAGUGACCACAUCCGCACCAUCAUCAAGGCUCGCGGUCUGUGGCACCCCAACGUCAACGGCAAGACCUUCGCCGUGUUCCGCGUCGACAACCGCCACCACCUCAUGUCCCUCGUGUCCAUGCUGGGACCCACGCCGGACUGGAUCGUGGGGGUGUCGGCGCUGGAGCUGUGCCUCGCCAACUGUUCCUGGGUGCCGCACAAGACGCUCAACCUCUACCCCUACGACGCCGGCACGGACUCCGGCGUCACGUAUGAGUCCGCCAACUCCCCGACCUACCCAAAAGGCAAGAUCCGUCGCAUCACCAGCAGCUACCCCAACGACCCCGCCUCCCCCUUUUACGACCCCACCGGCAAGCCAAUGAAGCCCCUGGCACGACUCACCAUCACGAGGCAGCGCGUGUAUGAGAAGUCGUGCUCGGACACAGAUAUCCUCGCCAUCGACGAACCGGAGUACGAGGAGUCGGACGAGGACGCAGCAAGACCCGAGUGUGCCGUCAGCGAGUGGUCUCAGUUCUCGGCCUGCUCAGCCACUUGCGGGAAGGGCCUGCGCUCCCGAACCCGUGCCUAUCUCAUGCCGCAGAAGGCCCAGAUGAUGAUGUGCAAGAGGCAGCUGGACGAGAGGGAAAUGUGCGCGGCUGACCUCAUGUUCUGCGACGGCUCUGAGACGGGAGCUUUCACGCGGGAUAGCUUCGACCCUCGCGUCUGCUUGGUGUCGGAGUGGUCGCCGUGGACGCCCUGCUCGGCCACCUGCGGCAGUGGGAUACGCAUGCGCAACCGCCGCUACCUGGACCGCAUGGGGCGUAAGAAAUGCGACGAGGAGCUGGUGGAGAAGGAGAUGUGCGUGGCAGACGUCCCCUCGUGCAACAACCAUGAGACUGAGAUUAUCAGCGACGACUGCGCGGUCACCCAGUGGUCAGACUUUUCACCGUGCUCCAGGACUUGCGGGCAGGGCGUCACGAUGCGAACUCGCUCCUACCUGGUCCCCACCGCCAACCACUACCACUGCACCGUACGGCUGAGGGACGAGCGCCAGUGUACGGGCAGCAGGAACGUGUGCUUUGACCCCGCCGAGGCUGAGGAUGUGUGCAAUCAGGAGAAGGAGGUGGGCCCCUGCCGAGGUUACUUCCCGCGGUAUUACUACAACUCGACCCAACGCCGCUGCCUCCAGUUCGCGUACGGAGGCUGCCGCGGAAACCGAAACAACUUUGUCCAGUACGACGAGUGCAGCAAACUGUGCGAGUUCAACAGAGAGGGACCAACAGGACCCGUGGCACCUCCUACCCCCGGUCCACUGGACAGUAGGUCCCUGACAAUAUACACGCCGCAGAAUCCCCGCGUCAACUGUGAGAUGAGUGACUGGUCGGACUGGAGCCCCUGCAACCCCAUCUGUGGCCGGAACUCAACCAAGGAGAGGCGACGCACGAUCCUGGUUCACCCUCAAAACGGCGGAAGAAAGUGCCGAAAACUGGUCAGGAAGAAGAAGUGCAAGAGGAAGAGGUGCAACAACGCCAACGGGAAUGACCAGUUCAACGGCCUCGUGGCUCUCAACCAAGUCAGGGAGACCGAGUACGCCGCCUCCACCCCCGCCCCCCUCGUGCCCUACCAGCCCGCCACGGACCCCACCCACCUCUACAGCUACGACCACGACGCCGACCUGCUGUCCCCCAACCUCUACAACCCCUACAUCGGCAACGUCCAUCUGGGAACUCACGACCACCACGACGGAUUGCCGGUGAGCUGCGUGCUGAGUAAUUGGGGUCCGUGGUCGCCGUGCACGGUGUCCUGCGGCCCCGUGGCUCUGCAGCAACGGUCGCGACUCGUGGUGGAGGAGGCACGCAACGGAGGGACAGCCUGCGGGGACACCACCCAACGGCGGUACUGCAAACUGCCGCCCUGCCCGCACCCCAGAUCGGAACUCUAUCCGUGGCCCUGAGGCGGCGACUGAGCGCUGCGGGAAGGACUCGUCCAGGGAGGACGUCGCCAGGACCUAAUGUUGGGAGGACUGUUUCUGAUCUCCUGCAGCCGGUGGUGGGAAGCGGCACGCUGCGGCGUGGUGACUGCGGCUGAGCUGCUGCUGCUGCGGCCCCCUGAACCACCGCCCCUCGGCCUGGCCGGCCACAUGCGGUGCCCUGUGACGGCCCUCCUCCCGCAGACCUUGUGACCUAGUUGUUAGUAAGAGACGUUUGUACAAUACCCCCGCGCUGCGUCCCCGGCGGGCGCGGCUCGGCGCCUGACCCCCGGGUGAGUCGCCGCGGCGCUCGUCGGCGGCCGCCGCCUAUACUCACAUGUAUUGUAAAGUCACGCUGUCUUCUCGUACUCGUAUUAGCCCCUAAGGCUCCGUUAGCCCCUAACUGCCCCUGCCCGUUACUAACAUAUCAAUUAAGGCGCCGGGAGUCUCCAGCCAGAGGUGUUGAGCGUCUCCCGAGCUGAGGGACGCAGUGCCGCCGCCCGCCGCUGCGAUUUGUCAUCACCACAGCUCCAGGCGGCGGCGGCGGCGACGACGGCGUCAGCGGUCACCGACCUGCACGGCCCUCGCGGGACUUCGUCCCACCUCAGUCACGUUAUAAGAACCUGCGUUAGGCAGUGUCCCUACAUAGUGCGUAGCGUUAACUGUUAUAUAGCUGAUGUGUGUGAAGGUGUGUGUGUUUGCUAGACGAGCAUAUGAAACAGACCAAGAUGUUUAAACAAUUCUAUUUGUUACAUAAUAAUCCUCAAUACUUGUGAAGAGGAAAAAAAGGGUUAGUCUCGGUUGGCGGUUGACGCAAGUGUUUUGCCUUGUUCAGGAACAUAUCUUGCCAUAUCAAAAUAAAGUGAAGUCUGAGUUUGCUGCA